AUCAACAUCAAUUAGGUAAAAACCAUGGCAUUGGCACCUUGCUUUGUUUCCUUUGCAGCUAUUGUUUUCAUUUCUUCAUUUAUAAACUCUCUUCUUCUUCCUUCUGCACACCCUUUAGACUUAAAUGCCACCAUAUUACCCAUCUUUGAUGUGGAUUUGUUGGAGUUUUCUUUGAACCUCGAGUAUUUAGAAGCUGAUUUCUUCUUGUUCGGUUCUUUUGGCCAAGGCUUAGAAAGGGUAGCUCCUAACUUAACUCGGGGUAGUCCACCUCCUAUUGGUGCCCAAAAGGCUAACCUUGACAGUAUCACCAAUGGUUUGAUCCUUCAAUUUGGUUACCAAGAAGUUGGCCACAUAAAGGCAAUUAUAAACGUAGUGAGGGGGUUCCCAAGGCCACAACUUGAUUUAAGUGCAUCAACAUUUGCAAAAGUGAUGGACCAAGCAUUUGAUAGGCCAUUGCAACCCCCAUUUAAUCCUUAUGCUAAUAAUGUUAGCUUUCUCAUUGCUGCCUAUUUGAUCCCUUAUGUUGGACUUACCGGCUAUGUUGAUACUAUCCCCAAGCUCUUUAGCACCACUUCAAGGAAGCUGGUUUCAGGCCUCCUAGGGAUAGAAUCUGGGCAAGAUGCUGUUAUAAGAGCAUUACUAUAUCCGCUUAGACAAGUGAAGGUUCCUCCGUAUGAUAUAGAUGUAGACGAGUUCACGAGACGGAUUUCAAACCUUAGAAACACACUAGGACGUGCUGGGAGCAAAGAUGAAGGCCUUACGGUUCAAGUAAAUGAGGGAGCCGAAGGCAGAGUGCAAGGCAACGUGCUCGCUGGGGAUCAAUUCUCGCUCGCCUACAAUUGAACACCGGAAGAGAUAUUGAGGAUUGUGUAUGGAAGUGGCAAUGAAAGCAUCCCUGGUGGGUUCUUUCCUAAGGGAGCUGGUGGAAGAAUUGCUAGGUCCCAUUUACCCAAUGGUUACCAUUAGCGUAACAUGGUAAUGUAGCAAGUAAUAUAUGUUGUACUGUUUGGAGCUUAGAUGUUAAUCUAAACCAUAAUAAUUAAAUAUGUUUUGAAUAAAUUCUGUUAUUAC